GAAAUAUCAAUGUCUGUUUGACCACAAAGAAGGGAUAAGAAUUCCCUUUCACGCUGUGAAGCUCCUGCAAAUAAUUGUCUUAGAUGAUAUAUUAAAAAAUUUGCAACCAGAAUCUAGUCGUCACUCACAUCAGUAAUUAUGUUUACCGGUCAUGAGGUUGAGUCCUCCUCAACCUUAGAAUGGCCAGAACCAUGUCGCCGGCUUACCUUUCCAGAGAUUCAACGAGCAACCCAAAACUUCGAUGAGUCGUUGGUGAUCGGCCAUGGUGGGUUUGGAAAAGUUUACAGAGGAACCAUCAUUAGUGAGGCAAGGCUUUUAGUUGUUGCCAUCAAGAGGUUAGAUUCAACUUCUAACCAAGGAGACGUAGAGUUCUGGGCAGAAGUUGAGAUGCUUUCUAAGUUAAGGCACUGUCACUUGGUGUCUUUGAUUGGUUAUUGCACUGAUGGGAGUGAAAGAAUCCUUGUUUAUGAUUAUAUGCCCCAUGGAACCCUUGAAGAUCAUCUCCACAAACUUCAAACUCCUCUACCUUGGAUGCUGCGACUCAAUAUAUGCAUAGGGGCAGCUCGUGGGUUAAAUUAUCUUCACACUGGUACAGGAAUUAAGCAUGGAGUUAUACACCGUGAUGUGAAAAGCUCAAAUAUAUUGUUACAUAAAACAUGGGCAGCUAAGAUUUCUGACUUUGGAUUGUCCAAGGUAGGUCCAACAAAUCAACAGUUCACACACGUAAGCACUGUUGUGAAAGGAACAUUCGGAUAUCUAGAUCCAGAUUACUUCUCAACUGGUAGGUUGACAAGAAAAUCCGAUGUGUAUGCGUUUGGUGUAGUAAUGUUUGAAGUACUUUGUGGGAAACGAGCAGUGGAUGAAAGUCUUGAUGAGGAUCACUGGGGUUUAGCAAGAUGGGCUCAAGAAUCAAUGAAAGAAGGAAGGUUAAAGCAAAUUGUUGAUCCUAAUAUAAGGGAGAGAAUAUCGACUAAAGGUUUAAAGGAGUUCUCAAGGCUUGCAGAACGGUGUUUAAAUAGCCAUCCAAAGCAACGUCCUACAAUGGCUGAGGUUAUGGUCGGACUCGAAUCUAUACUAGUUUUACAGGAGAAAACCAGUAAUACAUUGCACCCUGCAAGCAUGACCAUAUUCGGUAGAAAGAUGCCAAUGUUUCUCUUCCAGUCAAAUGGGGAAAUCCAUGGUAAAAACCAACAGUUUCCUUCUAAAGAACCUGUGAAGAUUCCACCAAAACAAAGUAUUUUUGAAUCGCCUAAUAUAAAAAGUUCUAGAAGUGUGGUGGUGAUCACCAGAGAUCUUAAUGAUCUUAGACAAAAUCCUGUAUAUAGCAAUCUCGAUAUUUUUACAUAUGAUGAGAUGCGAAUGGCUACCAAACAAUUUAUGUCGGAUCAAGUUCUAGGUGUGGGUGGAUUUGGAGGUGUUUAUAAAGGAUUUAUAGAUGAGAACGUGAGAUAUGGUUAUGGUAAAACUCAAGUUGCAGUUAAAGAAUUUAACCGUCAAGGAGUUCAAUGUGAUACAGAAUGGCUGGUUCAAGUAAAUUAUUUAGGACAACUACAACACCCAAAUAUUGUGAAGCUUAUUGGAUAUUGUUGCGAGGAAGAUCAUCGCCUUUUGGUGUACGAAUAUAUGGCAUCCGGAAGCUUGGAGAAACACCUAUAUGACAGAGUAUGUACUACAUUGACAUGGUCACGGAGAAUAAAGAUUGCAUUGGAUACGGCAAUAGCGCUUGCUUUUCUCCAUGAUUCUGAAAGACCAAUCAUCUAUCGGGAUUUCAAGACAUCAAAUAUCUUGCUGGAUGCGGAAUUCAAUGCAAAAUUGUCUGAUUUUGGACUUGCAAAAGAUGGACCAAUGGGGGAUCAAACACAUGUAUCGACUGGAGUUAUAGGUACAUAUGGAUAUGCAGCUCCUGAAUACAUCGCGACCGGACACUUGUCAGUAAGAAGUGAUAUAUACGGUUUUGGGGUGGUGCUUCUUGAAAUGUUGAUUGGUCGAAGAGCCAUAGAUGCAAGUCGACCUAGCUGUGAGCAUAACUUGAUUGAUUGGGCUCGACCACAUCUAGUCCACAACCGAAAACUUGUGAGAAUACUUGACCCAAGAAUGAAAGGUCAAUAUUCCUCAAAAACUGUCAUUAAAGUUGCCAAUUUAGCUUACCAAUGUGUAAGUAAAAACCCUAAAGAUAGGCCGAUUAUGACUCAAGUGGUUGAGACACUUGAAUCCAUCUAGACCCUCGAACUUGGUCAAGAUGAUGCUCUUUUUCAAAAUGGGAAUGAGAGUGUGAAUUACUUUUAUUGAAACACUUGAGGAAAGAGAUUUCUUUAUAGAAAAUGGUUUUCAAACUUAUAGCAACAUAAAUAAAGCAAAUGAAAAAGGGAAUCAUAAUUCCUAAUAAUACAAUUAUGCUCGUACCGCACAUAUGUCAAGAAACCGCCGAAAGAAAACUCUUACGGAUAAGAUUAAUCUUUUCUUUAAAAUAUCCUAGAAUACUUUUAUUUAUAACUUCAACUCCUAUCGUUAUUUUGACUUUUAUUUGAGUUUGGAUAAUGUAUAAGUAAAAGAGAAUAAGACCACCGUUUGCCACAUUUGCUGAUGAAACAAGAUAGAGAACGGGUUCUCCCUACUUGCAUUGAGCGGGAUGCUACGUUCUUUUCUGUUUUCAAGAUCACUUCAUUCACAACGCAGGGGAGAGACAGAGAGGGGCCAGUAAUAACUCACAGGCUGGGUAAAAAGGUCCAUCCUUUAUUCAUAUCUUUGUUUUGCAAGUUUUUAGGUAACUCGGUUGGGAGUACCAUUGUAAAGAUGCUUAGCACUUGAUCUCAAAUCGCCACAUGAUUUAAUUGUAAUUUCCCAUUCUUUACUUUUCCCCAGACGAAAUGGAAUGAUAAAUCUAUAUGUUUUCUUCUAAAAUAAUCAAUAAAAGUGUGUGUGUGAUUUUAA